AACAACAACAGUCUGGUCCAUGGCCCCUGUCACUGCCCUGGCCACAUACUCCUGCACUUGGGGUCAGUCAGUCUCCUCAUCAGUCAGUCUCCACUUCAGUCAUUCGCAGCUUCAGUCGAUCUCCACUUCAGUCAGUAACCUUCAGACAAGCUGCAGGUGUUAUAACUGAAAUCUGGGAAGAAUUUAUCGGCCGUUAGGGGAGGAAUUUUUCAUCCAGAGACGCGAAGUUGAAACAUCUUGGCGAGCCCCAGACUUUGUCACUUGAGGCUCAGAUUUGCCACUUGAGGCACAGAUUUGCUACUUGAGGCACAGAUUUGCCCCUUGAGGCACAGAUUUGCUUCUUGAGAAACGAAAUUUGCUACUUGAGGUAUAGAUUUUCCACUAAUGGGACAUAAGACUUCCCAGGAGGUGCAUUAUUGACAUGUUUUCAUUUUCUACCUGUAGCAGAAGGUUGCAAGAGUAGAGUCGGAUUUUCAGAAAGGCUCAGAUUUAGCACAGCAAGGAACAAACAACGUAGAAGCACGAAAAUAACUAUAAUCGGGAAGCUGUGGUUAGUAACAUACGGUAAUCUGAAUUGUCCGUGACCACCGCCAUCAUGGAGGGCAAGAGUCUGAGAAAGCCCAAGAGUCGAGCUGCCUUCACCAGUUACGGGCUCAAGAGGAUUGUGAAGUCUCCCAAAGUGAAGGACAGUUCUAUAUUCUGGUGGAUGUUGGCAAUGGCUCGGCUGUACCUGGCAACGGUGCAAACGGGAUACAUUCACCCGGACGAGUUUCAUCAGUCUGUCCAGGUCAUGGCACGUGACAUUUUGGACAUAGAUGCUAAGAAACCUUGGGAGUUUCACACAGAGAACCCUAUAAGGUCGGUCACCUUCUCCGCCCUCGUGUCCUUACCUUACGUCUUCAUGAAGUAUGCGGCUCCAUUUUUCUCUUACUAUGUGGGAUAUGAACUUCAAACUCCAUAUAUUUUACUUGUUGCUCCAAGGGUUUUUAUGACCCUUCUAUCUUUCAUAGCCGACUACAGCAUGUACCGAAUUGCUCGAAUGUGUUACCUUAGACCCUGGAGCUGCGUUGAAGUCUUUGCUAGCUCGUAUAUAAUGCUUGUUUAUGCAACAAGGACCUUUUCAAAUACUAUGGAACUUAUCCUUAUGGCAGUGUUGUUAUGGCGCGUGUGCGAGUCCAUGGUAGACAGUACAAAAGUUAUCCGCAAGCAGACCAUUCUACAGGAUCUUUACGAAACGGCUGAAACUCUACAGGAUAAAGUGAAAUUAGUUCGUAUGAAGAGCAAAUUACCUCCCUACAACUAUGUUGAUAGUGCCAUCAUAUCGGUGGUUGUCACUUACGGAGCAUUUGUUCGGCCCACCUUUGUUGUGUUUUCCUUUAUUCCAGUUGCAUUCUGGUUGCAGAGAGGUGUGGUAACAAAGGAAUUGGACUUUUCUUAUUUUAAUCUACGGUGUCUGAGUCUCCUCCCAGGUAUCGUGGUGACAUUUGUCACCUGUGUGUUGACGGAUUCUUUCUAUUAUGGCUCUCUAUCCUUCACCGAGCUUGUGAAUUGGAAUGUGACUGGCCGAUCUUUCAUUGUGACACCCAUUAACUUUUUGCUGUACAACUCUCAAGAAGGUAAUUUAGCUGCUCACGGCCUUCAUCCGUACUAUCUUCACCUUGCAGUAAACAUUCCAGUUCUUCAUGGCAUUCUGGGAUUUCUUGGCCUGUGGUCAGUUUCCAAGUAUUCGGCAGCAUUCGUUACAAAUAACUUUACCAAAAAGCCGAAGGUGUUUAGCAUGGCUACCAUGCUUUUAGCUACAUUCUUCUUGCCAGUGCUUAUAUUGUCAUCAGUACCUCACCAAGAACCCAGAUUUCUCUUGCCUACAUUACUCCCUCUUGUUAUUCUUCAUUCAGAUGAUGUUCUUUUGUCUGGCAAAAGAAUUAAGACCUUUAGACAUAUCUGUUUCCUCAUGUGGCAUAUUUGGAAUAUUCUGUGUGUUAUUUUUUUUGGUUUUCUUCAUCAGGGAGGAGUGACCAAAACAAUGAUGAGGGUUCACGAACAUAUUCUCCAGCGCCCUCCUCACACAAACGUCCACAUUAUAUUCUCUAACAUGUAUACGCCCCCAACUUUUUUGCUCAUGAGAAGGGUUAAUGUCAUUGCCGUAACCGAGGAAGGCCGCCGGUACCUGAUUGCAAAAUCUGUAUUUACCUAUGAUGCAGGGGGUUCUAGACCAGUUGAAGAGUUACAUGAUAUUGCAGCUCAGAUAUAUAGAGAAGCUCUCCAAAACUCCACCAGAGAUGCAGACGUUCUAAUUUGCCUUCCAGCAAGUCUCUCAGAUGAGCUCUACACUAGUACACCCGGAAAUGUAACUCUUCAAAGAUUGCAACGUGUACGAGGUCACUUAACCUUAGAAGAUCCUCCCAAUCUGAAUGUGCAUGAUGUGACUUUUACUAGAUCAUGUGGGCAUGUUUGUCAGUUUGUACGCCGUCUUGAUCAGUUCAGCAUUGACAUAAUUGGAAUUGACUUUGGAAGCCAUCAUAGUGGUCUAAAUAAAGAUGCUCUUGAUGCAAAUCGUGGAAUUUACAGUGAAAAUCAAGAGACUUCUGAAAUGAAUGACGAGAUUUUGAGUCCGAGUAGCAAUUUGUCCUCGGAGCCUCUUGAAGUUGAUCAAGACAACCACGAUGAACUUUAGCAGAAAUAACACCUUUAUUUCCUCAUGCUUUUGAGUACAAAAGUUUUAGCAGCUAUAGAACUAUUAAUAUUGGAUUAGAAUAUGAAUUUCAUAUCUAAUAUUGAAUGCUUUAUUGACAUGAGUUUGUUGCUGAGUUGCUUUUAAUGAUUAUUGCAGUAGUCCAAUUGGAUUUGCGUGUUGAAUUCUAGCCACAUCCAUAAAUAAUGCAACCCACGCAUAUGAAAUGAAAGUGACGAUGUUUUGGUCUCCUAAACCCUUAAUCAAAUUGUAACAAUGACUUAAUAAGGGCCCCAGAAUGGAUCGAUCAAACUGCCAUCCAUUGCUUUCAUAUACAGUAUGCAGGUUGUGUUAUUUUCUUCUCUAUAGAAAUAACACAGAUCUCUAUUUCUCACAAAGUAGUCCACUCGGUUAAACCUGGGAUUUAGAUGCAUACUUAAAACAUUUUAAUAGAUAAUUAAAACACGCUUGUAUUAAUGCAGUUUACAAGGUUUUUUUAUUAUAAAAAAACUGCACUAUGGUUCUUAUUUAUUAUGGCUGUGAUUGUUAUAAAGAGAAUCAGUCUCAGAACAGAAUUCAGUCUCCGUGGUGCAGUGGUAAGACACUCGCCUGGCGUUCCACGAGCGCUUUGUCAUGGGUUCGUAUCCUGGCCGGGGAGGAUUUACUGGGCGCAAUUCCUUAACUGUAGCCUCUGUUUAA